AUGAUCUCCUACCUUCUAACACAAAGCAGAUCCCAAGUUGGCUUAGCCUAUAUUUCAUGCAUCGUCGGUGUCAUCAUCGGGUGUUUGACCGCUGGCCCUCUUGGCGACUGGGCAGUGUUACAAAUCACUAGACGCAACAAGGGUAUUUGGGAGUCGGAGCAUAGGCAGUGGCUCAAUCUGAUACUUGCCCUGGUUGUACCGUUCUCGCUACUUCUAUGGGGUCUUGGUGCGCAAUAUAGGAUACACUGGUUUGGUCUAGUCUUUGCGAUGGGGUUGACCGGCGUUGCCGUGGCUAUGGGAGCUCACUUGUCAAUCUCUUACUGUAUCGACACAUACAAAGAUUUCGGAGCGGAUGUUGUCGUUAGCACCAUAGUGAUCAGAAACACAAUGGGCUUCGCCAUGGGCUACGCGGUCACUCCAUGGGUAACGAACAUGGGCUACCAGAAUGCCUUCAUCACGGGCGCAAUCGCGGGGAUGGUACAAGUUCUCCUCUGCCUUGUUUUCAUCAAGUGGGGUCGACAGAUCCGAAAGAGCUCUGCUGCCCGGUACCAUGCCGAAGUGGCACGUGCUGAGCGGUUUGCAAUUGCUCAUUGA